GCAUUGAAAAACAAAUGAAGUGACACAUUACGAUUGAAGACUUAUUAAAUAGUAACUAUGCGUGCCUUUACUGGUUUGCGAAAAAAUAUUUUUUGUCUUAUUCAAAAGAAGCAAUACUGUAGUAAAACAAGAUUUUGUUAUCCCCACAUGAAUGAGUUGCCCGUGCCGUGUGGGGCUUGGGAGCCCUGGUAUAGAGAAAAACAGGCCGUUUACAACAAAUAUCUCUUUGCUGGAAUUGUAUGGUGGUUGUUUUCAUUUGGAUUAGCUAUAUAUACAGAAAGCAUUUAUUUGAACUGGGGCCCACCAGCGCAACCUGGCCCACCCAGCGAUAUGGUUGAAGAGUGCGAUGACUCUGAUUCUUAAUUUAUUUGGUUUUAAUAAUAAUAAACGUUAUUAAACUUUU